AUGCACCCCCUUACUUUCUUCAUAGCCGCCCUCCCUCUUGCGGGCCAGGUCAACGCAGCCCUCCAGCGUGUCACGAACUUCGGCUCCAACCCAACCGGUCUGACGAUGGACAUCUCCGUGCCCCCCAACCUUGCAUCCUCCCCCGCCAUCGUCCUCGCCCUCCACGGCUGCGGCGGCUCCGGCUCAGCCUACUCCCGCCAGGCCGAAUAUAUCCCCCUCUCGGACGCCAGAGGCACCUUUGUCGUCAUCUACCCGUCCUCUUCCCGGGACUUCAACUGUUGGGACGUUGCCUCCACCGCCAGCCUGACCCGCGGAGGGGGCGGCGACUCGACGGGUCUCGCUAACAUGAUCCGGUACACCAUCAGCCAGUACAACGCCAACCCGAGGCGUGUCUUCGUCACGGGGAGUUCCUCGGGGUGCAUGAUGACCAACGUGCUCUCGGCCACGUACCCGGACCUCGUCGCCGCCACUUCGUGCUACUCGGGAGUCGCGGCGGGAUGCUUGGCGGGCUCGCCGGGUUCGAGUCCCAUCAGCGCCGAUCCCAAAUGCGCAAAUGGGCAAAUCGUGAAGACGGGCGAGCAGUGGGCGGCGCAGGUGCGCGCCAUGUAUCCCGGUUACAACGGGAGCUACCCGCGCGUGCAGACUUUCCAUGGCACGGCGGACUCGCUGGUGAAGUACCCUAACUUGGCUGAGCAGCUGAAGGAGUGGUCUACCAUCCACAGAGUCAGCUUCACGAAGAACAACACCAAUACGCCCCUCGGUGGUUACACGCAGAUGAUCUAUGGCGACGGGACUAAGCUUGUGGGAUACUCUGCGCAAGGCGUUGGACACACUGUUCCAGUUCAGGAGGACCAGGACCUGAAGUGGUUCGGCUUGUAG